AAUGCAAGAGACAGAGAAAGAAGAUAAAAGCUGUCCCCACUGUUUUUCCAUGGUUAAAUACUUAUUGCUACAACAUCAAAAAACCAAAUAUCCACCACCCCCCAUUUCUCCUUUCUUUCUUUUCUCUUUUUUUUUUUUUAUUUAUUUUUUUUAAAUUUUUUUUUUUUUUACCUUCCCUCUGUCAAGGUUACCAAACCAGAUUACUUGGGACCAACAAAAGAAUAGUAGACUCACACAGAGAAAGAGAGAGAGACGGAGAGAUGCAAGCCAAAAAGAAUAAAAUAUGUGAUAAAAAGAGAGACAAACAAAGGGUGAUGAAGAAAGGGUCUCCUUUGUGGUGGUUAAGCAGUGUGGAGUUGCUAAAGAAGAUAAAAAAAAGUUUAGGUUAGAAUUGGCUAGCUAGAGUUUGUUUGUUUGGUUUUUUUUUCUUUUCUUUUUUUUCUUUUUGUCUUCCAGAGAAAACCGAGAGUAGAGAAGGUAGAAGAAGAGGAAAAAGAAAGAAAGAGUGGAGGGUGGUCUAAAUUUGUCCAAGUGAAACAAAGGAAAAAAAAAAAAAAGAAGGCCAUAGAGAGAGAGAGAGAGAGAGAGAGAGAGACAAAGGUGAAAGAGAGAAAGAGAUGGUGGGCUCAGGAGCAUCAGAUAGAAGCAAAGAAGCUGUUGGGAUGAUGGCCCUUCAUGAGGCCCUCAGAAGCGUCUGUCUCAACACAGACUGGACUUACUCUGUCUUCUGGACCAUCCGUCCUAGACCACGAGUCAGAGGUGGUAAUGGCUGCAAGGUUGGAGAUGACAACGGCAGCUUGAUGUUGAUGUGGGAAGAUGGAUUUUGCCGAGGAAGAGUUUCAGAUUGUCUGGAAGAAAUUGAUGGAGAGGAUCCUGUCAGAAAAGCCUUCAGCAAGAUGUCCAUUCAAUUGUAUAAUUAUGGAGAAGGGUUGAUGGGGAAGGUUGCAUCUGAUAAGUGCCACAAAUGGGUCUUUAAAGAACCAACAGAAUGUGAACCAAAUAUUUCCAACUACUGGCAAAGUUCUUUUGAUGCUCUUCCUCCUGAAUGGACUGAUCAGUUUGAAUCAGGCAUCCAGACAAUUGCAGUAAUUCAAGCGGGCCAUGGUCUUCUACAGUUGGGUUCCUGCAAGAUUAUACCUGAAGACCUUCAUUUUGUGCUUAGAAUGAGGCAUACCUUUGAAUCUCUUGGUUACCAAUCUGGUUUCUACCUUUCCCAGCUCUUUUCUUCAACCAGAAAUACUUCCUCAUCCACCUCGAUUCCUUCAAAGCAAUCCGCCAUUUCAAUCCGGCCUCCUCCUCCACUGUUUAAUUGGCAACAAAGGCCACUUCCAUCUUCAACAUCUAUGCUUCCUUCACCAAACUUUCAAAACUCAGCCAGACUUGCAUAUCCACAAACCAAAGAUGAGACACAUAUGUUUCUACUGCCUCAUUCGUCUGAGCACCGAGUUGAAGAUAUGAUGGGUGAGCACGAAAACGACAUCAAAUGGCCUAAUGGUCUUACUUUCUUCAAUGCUCUCACCGGACGUGCAGACUAUGCAAAGCUUUUGUUCAACCCUGAGAGCUUGGGUAACAAACCGGAUCAGAAUCACCACCCUCUCACCCCUAAUGCCAAUUCAGAUUCUUCGAAUAUGCAUAAUGCCGCCGCCGGUGGUGCAAAUCCUAAUGAGUUCUUGAGCUUGGACAGCCAUACAGAUAAUGGUGCAAGGAAGAUGGAAAACAAGUUCAAGAGGAGCUUUACUUUGCCAGCAAGAAUGACUCCUUCGUCUUCGUCAACUUCGGUCGACCAUCACCAGCACCAACCGGUGGAGUAUAGAAAUUCCGAGGCAGGGAUGUACUCUGAUGUCAUGGAGACCUUCUUGGAGUGAAAUGGGGAGAGUAAUAUUUGUAUUGGAAGGCAAGGGUUGGGAAGGUUGUAUCUAGGCAAAGAUUUUCUGUUCCUUUGCAGCUAAUAGUUUCCCGUGUUUUUUUUUUUUUUUUUUUUCAUGUUCUUUUAUAUAUUUUGUGUUUCUUUGCUCUAGUUGAUGAGACUUUAAUGAUUAUUUGUUUUCUUGUAGUU